AUGACAGGGUCUGAAAAGAGGGAGAGACGUCCCUCUACCUCCAAGUCCAACCGCCUCUCUCAGCUCUUUUCGUCCAGCCCAAAGUCCAAGGAUAACACUUCUGCGGCUCAGAAGUCUCUGCUCGCCAUGCAGCUGCAGGCCGAUCAGCCUGGCCUGGAUAGGUCUUUGUUUGCCCAGGUUGGCGCCCGCGAUUCUCAGCUUCAGUCGAUGAACGGCUCGCUUGCUGGCAUCUCGCCAGCCACCGUCCCGCUGCCCACCAUCUCGCUUUCCAGUGCCAUGGCCAGCGACCAAACGCUUGAGACUUCCACCACGACAAUCUUCAAGCCUGAGACGGCCGAGGAGAUUGAGCGUCAGCGCAUCGCCGAUGCCCAGUUUGGUCCCCUCACCAACCCCGCGCACCUCUACACGUCACAAUCCCACGGAGAGCCCCUCGAUGCUCCCAUCGAGGACGAGCCUCCUUACUACUACCUACUCACCACCUACAUCAGCUACUUAAUUCUCAUUCUUCUCGGCCACAUCCGCGACUUCUUUGGCAAGCGCUUCGGAGACAAGAAGCUGUAUCGAGCUCUCAAGCUGCAAAAUGGCUACGCCCCGCUCAACGACGACUUUGACAGCUUUUACACACGCCGUCUGAAGCGCCGUCUCGAUGACUGCUUUGCUCGUACCACCAUUGGCGUCCCAGGCCGCUACAUUACCCUCUUGGACCGCAUCUCUUACGACUUCAACUUGUCCUACAAGUACACAGGCACCCACACUGAAACUCUCAAUAUGAGUUCCUACAACUACCUCGGCUUUGCUCAGUCGAGCGGUCCAUGCGCGGAUGCCGUCGAGGAGUGCGUAAAGCGCUACGGUAUCAGUUUCUGCAGUCCCAGAGCCGAGGCUGGCACUUCGGAGCUUGCCCUCGAGGUUGAGCGUGAGAUUGCCUCCUUUGUCGGAAAGCCUGCUGCCCUGGUCUUUUCCAUGGGCUACGUCACCAACGCAAGCUCUUUCCCUGCUCUUGUCAGCAAGGGCUGCCUCAUCAUUUCCGACGAGCUCAACCACGCCUCCAUUCGUAUCGGUGCUCGUCUCUCUGGUGCUGUCAUUCAGUCUUUCCGCCACAAUGACACUAACAGCCUCGAGCGUGUCCUUAGAGAGGCCAUUUCUCAGGGACAACCCCGCACUCACCGACCUUGGAAGAAAAUUCUGGUCGUUGUGGAAGGCCUCUACUCGAUGGAGGGCACCAUGUGUGAUUUGCCAGGCAUUCUCGCGCUCAAGCGCAAGUACAAGUUCUAUCUCUUUGUUGACGAGGCCCACUCGGUCGGUGCUCUUGGCCCCAACGGACGUGGUGUGUGUGACUACUUCGGCAUUAACCCUGCCGAGGUGGAUAUCCUUAUGGGAACUCUAACUAAGUCCUUUGGCGCCAACGGCGGCUAUAUUGCUGCCGACAAGGCCAUCAUUGAUAAGCUUCGGGCCACCAAUGCCGCCACGCAGCUUGGAGAGUCUCCUGCCCCUUGCGUCCUCCAACAGAUUCUGGUCUCGCUCAAGCUCAUCACUGGCGAGGUCUGCCCUGGACAGGGCGAGGAGCGUCUCCGCCGUAUUGCCUUUAACUCUCGAUACCUUCGUCUCGGACUCAAACGCCUGGGUUUCAUUGUAUAUGGCCACGACGAUUCGCCCAUCAUUCCUGUUUUGCUCUAUCACCCCGCAAAGAUGCCUGCCUUUAGCCACGAGAUGCUGAAGCGCAAGGUCUCGGUCGUCGUUGUGGGAUACCCUGCCACGCCUUUAAUCAGCUCGCGUGCGCGAUUCUGUGUUUCUUCCGCACACAACAAGGAGGAUAUGGAUCGUCUUCUAGUGGCUUGUGAGGAGGUUGCUGAGCUGCUGCAGCUCAAGAUUUCGACAGGUGUUGCGGGUGGUCUUCCUCAUUUGCCCAAGAACUUGCCUACCAUGACGCACAAGCAAGAGUGCGAAUGGCGUGCCGCCAAUGGCAUUCCGGUGAACCCGCCACGAUGGCAGGUAGAGGAUGUCAUCCGCCAUGGUGUCGAGGACACCAAGCUCCCACUCCGAUAA